AAUAAUUAAUGAUUUUUUGUUUAGAAAAUAUAAAAAAUUAAUGAUUUCUAUGUGCACAAUUCUAAAACGACUUAUAUUAAAAAACAUUAAAAAACGGAGGGAGUGUAGCUUUGUAAUGUUUGAUUCUCAAAUAAUAUAAUUUCCGUGCAAGUUUAACAGAAUUUUCAAGAAUGUUCCAGGUGUUGCUGUGAUUGUGUGAUGCGGAAAGAGUAUGUCCAUCGAAAAUGUUUUACAUUCAAAAUUGUCCGUCAAUUUAAGCUUUAAAUAGAGAAUUUCCUAAAACUGUCUGUGAAGUUGUUCGAAAAUAUCACAUAUUUGCAAAUAGUUUAUUAUCAUUUAUAAUAGAGAUAAAAGAUUAUAAGAUGAUGUACAUUGUGUUAAAAAAAAUCAAUUGAAUCCUUAAGUAUACAUAAUCCGAGGCCUUUACUGAUUUGUACUUAGUUCAACAUGCAUCAUCGCGUUUUUUCUACACAACCUGACGUUUGGCCCACAGGCUGAAUCAGUAACACUGAUCGUUAAUGGCAAGAGUUUAAACAGGUCGGGCCGAGAAAGCCCAUCACAAGCUCACAACAUAUAUUCAUUGUGCAGAGAGUGUUAGUGUUUAAGUUUCGUCGUCUCUGAGCUUAUUUCUGUAAAUUGAGAAGUUUCCCACUUGAGUUUAUUUUAUUUUUAAACUUUGUUUAAUUACAUUUUUUUCCGUAGACUCUUCUUUCCAUUACAUUUUCUAGUUCCAAAUGGACAAAAGGUUCCAAAUGAUAAAUAAAUAAAUUUGCAUCUUCAUUGAAUCGUUCAUUCUUUUGCCAAUUGUCCUAAAGUAUAUUAUCAACAUAAACAUAGUACCGGGCACGUUGUGGUUGACAUCAAGAGCCAAUAAUAACAUGAUGCAAGAUAUUGCACAGCUACUCAUUGCAAUUAUCUUCCAUGUCUCACAUUAACAAAUAAUAAAAACCUAUGCCAUCGUAGAUUACCAAUACCAUUUCCUCUCUAAUUGCAAUAUUUAAAUAAAUAACUAAGAGAUUAACAUCAGUUGUUUAUGUAGCAACAUUGCUUCCAACGCUCUCCGGUUCCACGUGAACCGCUAUGGAAGCAAUUAAUGUGCUUCCUCUGCUCCUCAUCUCACUGCUUUUAACCUUUCUUGUCACGGAAGCAACCGAUAUCAUCACAGCAAACCAGACUCUAAAAGAUGGGGACACCAUUGUUUCAAAAGGUGGUAGCUUCGAGCUCGGUUUUUUCUCUCCGGGAGGAUCAAGAAACCGUUAUCUCGGUAUCUGGUACAAGAAAGUCUCUCUCCAGACCGUUGUUUGGGUCGCAAACAGAGAUUCUCCUCUCUACGACCUCUCAGGAACCCUAAAAGUCUCUGAAAACGGGAGUUUACGUCUCUUCAGUGGCAGAGACUACAUCAUCUGGUCAUCAUCUUCUUUGGAGAAGCCCGUUGUAAGAAACCCUAUCGUUCAGAUUCUUGAUACAGGUAACUUAGUCGUGAGAAACUCAGGGUAUGAUCAAGAUUACAUAUGGCAGAGUUUAGAUUACCCAGGAGAUACGUUUCUUCCAGGAAUGAAAUACGGUAUAGAUUUUUCAACCGGAAUAAACCGGUUCUUGACUUCUUGGAUAUCUCCAGACAAUCCAUCAACUGGUAAUUACACGAACAAAAUGGAUCCAAGCGGUGUUCCACAGUUUUUCUUAAAGAAAAACUCGGUUGAUGUUUUCAGGGCUGGUCCAUGGAAUGGUCUAAGAUUCACCGGUAUGCCUCACCUAAAACCUAACCCUAUUUACCGAUAUGAGUUUGUCUUCACGGAGGAAGAAGUUUACUACACUUACAAGCUUGAAAACCCUUCAGUGAUCACAAGAAUGCAGCUGAAUCCCAAUGGAGCUUUGCAACGUUACACUUGGGUCGAUAGCCUACAAAGCUGGAACUUCUAUCUAUCGGCUCAAAUGGAUAGCUGUGAUCAAUACAUGUUGUGUGGGUCUUACGGAAGCUGCAACAUCAAUGAGUCUCCAGCUUGUAGGUGUUUAAAAGGGUUUGUUCCUAAAUCUCCAGAGGCUUACUAUGCAGGGGACUGGUCAGGAGGGUGUGUUAGAGAAGUGAAAAUGGGUUGUGGUAAAGGAGAAGAAGACUUUCUGAAGAUUUCAAAGUUGAAGUUACCUGAUACAAGAGGUUCUUGGUAUGAUAUGAGAAUGGAUUUGAGUGAAUGUAAGAGGGUAUGCUUGAGAAACUGUUCUUGCUCAGCUUAUUCACCUUUUGAUAUUAGAGAUAGAGGAAGUGGAUGUAUUCUCUGGUUUGGUGAUUUGAUUGAUAUAAGAGAAUAUAAUGAAAAUGGACAAGAUCUUUAUGUGAGGCUUGCUACUUCUGAAAUAGAAACUUCGCAUGGCGAUUUAGACCGUGUUUCCAGCAGGAAACAAGAGGAGGAAGAUGCUGAGUUACCGUUUCUUGAUCUUGAGGCCAUUGCAGAAGCUACAUCUGGAUUCUCUGAUGAGAAUAAACUUGGACAAGGUGGUUUUGGACCUGUCUAUAAGGGAACAUUGUCUUGUGGACAAGAAAUAGCUGUAAAGAGGCUUUCAAGAACGUCAAGACAAGGGAUAGAAGAAUUCAAGAACGAGAUCAAACUCAUUGCAAAGCUACAACACCGUAAUCUUGUCAAAAUUCUUGGCUAUUGCGUGGAGGAAGAUGAAAGAAUGCUUAUCUACGAGUAUCAACCUAAUAAAAGCUUGGAUUCUUUCAUUUUCGUUAAAGAACGGCGCAAAGAACUUGACUGGCCUAAACGAGUGGAGAUAAUCAAAGGGAUUGCUCGUGGACUGAUGUAUCUCCAUCAAGAUUCAAGGCUUCGAAUCAUCCACCGUGAUCUCAAAGCAAGCAAUGUUCUGCUUGAUUCUGAUAUGACUCCAAAGAUAUCGGAUUUUGGAUUGGCUAGAACCUUGGGAGGAGAUGAGACUGAAGCAAACACAACCAGAGUGGUUGGAACAUAUGGAUAUAUGUCUCCGGAGUAUCAAAUCGAUGGGUUUUUCUCAUUAAAAUCCGAUGUAUUCAGCUUCGGGGUUUUGGUUUUGGAGAUAGUGUCAGGAAGAAGAAACCGCGGUUUCUGCAAUCAAGAACACAAGCUGAACCUUCUUGGACACGCUUGGAGGCAAUACACAGAAGAUAAAGCAUGUGAGCUAAUCGAUGAAGCUUUAAAGGAAUCGUGUACCGAUGUUUCUGAAGUGUUAAGAGCUAUUCAUAUUGGUCUGUUAUGUGUACAACAAGAUCCCCAAGACAGACCAACCAUGUCAGUGGUGGUUCUGAUGCUGAGUAGUGACAUGUUGCUUCUUGAUCCGAAAGAGCCUGGGUUUUACAACGAACGAAAUCUCUUGUAUUCUGACACUACAUCGAUUAAUCUGGAGAUUCCUUCCAAAAAUUUCCAAACCAUGAGUGUAAUAGACCCUAGAUAAAUCUUGUAAUCGAUCUUUUGUAUAUUCUAUAAUCUCAAACUAUUUUUGUGUGUGUUGUUUUGUCUUUGGUGACAUUAUUAUUACAUCACAUUUUAGCAACCAUAGUUUGUAAAGGAUCUUUGUUUCUUCUACCGACCUUGUAUCAUUGUAAUGGAAACUUGGUUUAUCGAACGACUUAGAGAUGAAGAAACAUCUGGAACGUUCCUGUUGGUGAAAAAACCAGGUUUUUUCGGAUCAGGGAGAGAACCAUCACUCCCAAA